UUGCGAGUGACCUGUGCCCAAAUGACGAGAAUCAGGGGACACGUGUAGAAUCCCCUGGCCAUGGGGCAAAGCCGGCUGGUGUGGCCAACCGCGCUCUUGGCCCUCAACUUACUACCAUGGAUUUUAGCUGGUUCACCGGGGGGGAGCUAUUUGGGCGAUGUAAACGUUUCGGCCAUAUUGGAUUCCUUCAGUGUCAGUUAUGACAAAAGAGUAAGACCGAACUACGGAGGACUGUUUGCGGUUGCAGGCCCGCCCGUGGACGUCGGCGUCACCAUGUACGUGCUCAGUAUCAGCUCCGUCUCCGAAGUUUUGAUGGACUUCACACUGGACUUCUAUUUCCGACAAUUCUGGACCGAUCCACGGCUGGCGUUCCGUAAACGGCCCGGCGUCGAGACGCUGAGCGUCGGAUCGGAGUUCAUCAAGAACAUCUGGGUGCCGGAUACGUUCUUCGUCAACGAGAAACAGUCCUCCUUUCACAUCGCCACCACACUGAACGAAUUCAUUCGCAUCCAUCAUUCCGGAUCGAUCACUCGCAGCAUCCGAUUAACGAUUACAGCAUCAUGUCCAAUGAAUCUUCAAUAUUUCCCAAUGGACCGACAGCUUUGUCACAUUGAAAUCGAAAGUUUCGGUUACACUAUGCGAGAUAUCAGGUACAAGUGGAAUGAGGGACCGAACUCGGUGGGCGUUUCCAACGAGGUGUCGCUGCCCCAGUUCAAAGUACUCGGCCAUCGUCAGAGGGCCAUGGAGAUCAGCCUUACCACAGGAAAUUACAGUCGAUUGGCCUGCGAGAUCCAAUUCGUACGCUCGAUGGGCUACUACCUGAUCCAAAUCUACAUCCCGUCCGGUCUGAUCGUGAUCAUUUCAUGGGUGUCGUUCUGGCUGAACCGUAAUGCCACGCCGGCCAGAGUUGCCUUGGGUGUCACCACUGUGCUGACCAUGACGACGCUCAUGUCCUCGACGAACGCGGCGCUACCCAAGAUCUCGUACGUCAAGUCGAUCGACGUCUAUCUGGGAACAUGUUUCGUCAUGGUCUUCGCCAGCUUGCUAGAGUACGCCACGGUGGGCUACAUGGCGAAGAGGAUCCAGAUGCGCAAAAACAGAUUCCUGGCGAUCCAGAAGAUAGCCGAGCAAAAGAAGAUCACAGUCGACGGUCCCGACGGCGACCACGCCCCAAAACAAACAGAGGUGCGUUUCAAAGUGCACGAUCCUAAGGCGCACAGCAAGGGCGGCACUCUCGAAAGCACCGUAAACGGCGGCAGAGGCGGCGGGGGCGGCGGUCCGCCCGACGAGGAGGCGCCCGCCCCCGUGCCGCAGCACAUCAUCCACCCCAACAAAGACAUCAAUAAGUUGUACGGAGUCACGCCCUCCGACAUCGAUAAGUACUCGCGGAUCGUGUUUCCCGUGUGCUUCGUAUGCUUCAACCUGAUGUACUGGAUUAUUUAUUUGCACAUCUCCGACGUGGUGGCGGACGAUCUAGUGCUGUUGGAGGAGGACAAGUAGAUUGGUGCGGUUGCGCCAACAAUUCACAAAAACCAUCCGAUGGCGGUCGCGUUCAACUGUGUUUUUUCUUAUUCAAUCAAAGUUAUCGCACGUGGUACCGAGAUAACUGGAACGCAUCUGCAGCUAUCCUUAGGAUGUUAUGACAAUAAGUUACACAACAACGACUAAAUUAAUUCGAUAAUAGGCGCUUUUGGGUGGAAGGAUCAACCAAAUUAUACCGAAGAUUAAUAUAACAACUUGGUACUUCCCCCAAUUAUCACCAUUAAUCCAAUUUCUUAACCAAAAAUAAACAGAAGUGUUUCAGUUAUUAUCAUCAAGUCAUCAUCAUUUAAAAGUGUCAAUUCCAAAUCAAAAUAUCGCGCACAUCCUAACACAGUACCAACACGACCGUGAUUGAACAAGGUUUCGACGUGAUCGUAACGUCACUCAAGAACUGCCCGAUCGCUAUGCCCAUAUACAUCUACUGGAUCCGAGAGCGAUUCUAUUUGUAUAUAAGCAGCCCCACACGAUUAUGAAGCCAUUUUCAUCAUCACCUUUUACUGCACUAAGUGAAUACUAAACCCACUGAGUAUCCCUUCAAUUCGAACCGUGUGGGUCAAAGCCCAAUCUUCUGUUAAUUGUUAUGCACUCGAGAGUUUUAUUUACAUUGGAUCUAGUCACUGCUGGCAGUUUAAAAUGGAUCAAUUGUUUCGUUUAUCACGGUUCAUCGAUACGAAGAUGACAUUCCAUGUACAUAAGAACGUUCCUGUUUUAUACUCCUCGCACGAAAAAAAAAUUAUCCAUAACAAUGAGAUGAACUCCUGCAACUUAGACUAGACAGCACGCACAAUAAAACGGAUAACCUGUAACCAAGGAAGCACUCAACUCUUAAUUCAGCGAUCCACGUUAAAUAACAACGGCACUCCCGAUCACGGAACCAUCAGAAAGUGGUACUUGCACAGGCUGCCCUUUUCGGAUACGUUUAGUUAUAAAUGAAUGUCACUCUAAGAGACCCAUUGCUAGUAACAACCGUUUUUCUAGUACCUCAUUCAGCAUCAUAAUGGUGGCUGAUUCAAGAUUCAUGUACCUUAUUUGUGGUACUCCACCUUGAAACAACCAGUAUUAAAUACUGAAGGAGUUUCAGAACUUGGGUCACCUCUUAAAAAAUACCUCUAACUUGUGUGCCUUGGAUAUCUCUGAGUUCAUACUGGAGACGAGCUACAAUUAUGACGAAACGUCAAACUGUUCUCGAUACGAAUUUGGCCUGUGCCAGUUACACGUUAUGCGGCGUUGGUACCGGAUGGGAUGUCGAAAUCCAAAAAAUAAAAAAAAAAUAAUAAAAAACCGUCGAGAAAUUUGCGGUGGAACGAAAUUCUAAAAUGUAACAUAAUUAUUAUGUAAUUAUAUAUACAACAAAUUAGAUAGGUACGCGCUCGUAGAACAUAACAACUUGAUGAUAGCUCAUCUGACUGUAAAUAUAUAUACAUAAAUAUAUAAUUGAUAUAUACAUACAAAUUUAGAAACACAUACAUAUAUUAAUUAGAUAGUCAUCUUUCAAAACCUUGAUGACAUCUUGACACCGUUCGAUGAAUGUACCGUACUAUUUAUUUACAAUUCAAUAGAUCAAAGAUUGAGAUGUGAUAACAAAUAAGUGAAUUGAUAGAUAACGAAUACUUAUAAAAAUAUUUAGAUUGUUUCUAAUAUUAAGCACUCCUAAGAAAAAGAUUUUUAUAUAAAGUAAUACUAGCGAUGUAUUAUAUGAUAAUUUAGACAGUUAUGAACUUAUAAUACAGGUACUCAAAUUAAUUUAGGAAAUUGGAAGUCUGAAACGCGAUCAAAAAUCUUGUGUAAUAUUUGGCGUAGUCGAUGGGAUUUUCACAGAAACAUCUUCACACGUUUUUGACCAUGAAUCAGACCUUCCAUUUAUUUGAGGGGCUCGCCCCCAUAAAAUAGCAUGUGAAAUUAACGAUGAUAUGCCCAUAUCACUUGUUAAUAAUAAUUUUUCGAGAAGGUACUUAGGACCAGCGUGUAAUAUAAGCAUUGAAUCUGUCAUUUUAGUACUUCGUAGCAUCACUUUGGACAGAUCUCUAAAUAUAAGAAGCGGUAAUUUUGUGAUAAUAUUAGACACCGGUACAUCCAUCGAAUAUCUCUAAACUACUUUCUGAGCAUCUUCAAAAAAGGUCAAACAACCAGAUUCGCGGUUUUGAAAGACGAUGGUCGUUAAAUAUAAUUAUAAUGCGGGCACGAAAUGCGCCAACCCCUUACCGAGCCCCGUAUUUUUCAAAAUGACUUUUUUGGACGCACUUAGAGGCCAUCUGCACAACCGUGACAUGUCUUCCUGAACGAGCAUCCAUCACAGCGUUUGUGUUGUCAAUACAACUUCUAACAUUAGGUCAAUAUAUGCACGCGACAAUGAGAGACUCCACACAAACGCGAUUUCACUAGCAAUGGCAAAUUUUUUGAUAGACCCUUGUGAUAACUUUUAUAUGACGUUACUUUUUGGGGCUGGAAAGGCGUUGGUUUGUUUGUACCGGUCUGCAACCGUCGAUGAUGCCCCUGCACAGUCAAAUGGCUCUGACGGUUGGAAACUUGUGCGGCCCUACCACCCUUACUCCUCAGUUUGUACUCCACACAGUCACGACAGUGUUUACUUGUAGCACACUGCACAGAGCAAGAGUCUGAAGUUACGGAGCAAUAUUCAACAGAAAACCUUCCUUCUUAUGAAACUAAUAAAAUAUUAUAAAACAAAAUAACAUUUGAGAGUAAUAUUUAAUGCACCCGCUUGUGUGGCACCACAAUAUGCAGUUGGUGAUGAGAUAUUCCUUAAGGUGGUCGUUUUGUGGUGUUAUACGGGCUAAUGUUACGAAUGAGUUUAGUGGCGGAGAGCUCGAUGCACUACGGGUCUCCCAUGGAUCCAUUGUGGAGGGCUCUGGUUCCACGGGAUAUCUACUAACGCAUACGGAGCAACUAUUGCUCACUAUUGAAAUAUUCUAAAUGAUAAGAAAGAGUUGUAUGUACUAUAUUUGAAGAACAUUCCAAUUAUUUAUCAACUACGUUUUGCGUAGAUAUAUACUGUUUGGCGUUUUUAUUUGAAUAAAAAACAAUUAAAAAG